CCAAUCCCGUCAAGAGAAACAGACGCGUCGCGAUUAAUCUUCAUUUAUUCAUUUUUCUUCGUUUAAUGCACCCAAUCAUUCCUUCUUCUUCGCAUCAAAUCCUCGUGGCUGGUCAAUUCCCAUGAUUCUUUCCUCAAAGUAGCCAGCCACAGAGCUUCAAUCAUUCGACUCAUCCACUCAAUCCCCCGUGAACACUGAAUACAGCGGAGAACUAAAUUUUCAACCCACUUCAACAUUCAAUACCCACCCGCCAGGAGUGUCAAGAGAUUCAUCGCCUUUCGAAUUUCCAACAACAAUUCUUUGCUACCUGCCCUCAAAAGGGCGCUGGAGGUUUGAUACCAGCAAAGGUGGAAGAAAACAUCAACAUCAAUCCACACGAUCCUGAUACUCAUUUCAAUUGAAGCCAGCGAACUCAAAAUAACAAGAUCCAAGCACCGAGCACACCGAGCACCACAAAUUCGAAACCAGGGAAUCACCAUUGCGACCACGAAUGCACUGAUUCACUCAUACAUUCAUUCGCUAUUCAAUCAACACGAAACAAAACAAAGCAAAUUACAGUUGCAGUUCCUCCUUUACGACAACGUCAACAAAAAAACAUUCCGAUCUGCAAGUUUUUUACGACAUGAAUUCACGAUAGUUACUUACCCGCGAUUAAGCUGAUUGAAAAACUUCAACUCAUCUUGAAGCUCAUAAUUGAGAAGUAGUACACGGUCGCAAUAUUUCAUCAAACUUUCGAUCUUUUGCGACACACAAUCGGGCUCGAAAUGGAUCAAUUGGUAUUGAAGCCGCGGGCACCCGUGGAGGACGAUGUGGAAAACUGGGAUGAUGAUGACCUUGACACUGGGGGCGAUGAUUUUACAUUUCGCAGUGCUUCAGCAGCAACAACUGCGACCAUUGCGUCGACACGCAGAGAAUCGGUUUCUUCACGUUUAUCGAUAAGAUCGGACUACAACGAGGAACGACAAGUACAUUUACCAGAAGACGACGAACGAGCCAUGAACGAUGCGAUCGCUACAGCUAAAAGAGCCGGUAUACCUUUACCAGAAAACGUACCUUCCUCGGCUUUAUUAGGAGGAAGUAUAAAGAGACUUGGUGGAAGAAAAUUAAGGAAAGUGAUUUCAGAUGAUUGGGAUGAUGGGGAUAUCGAAGUACCAAUUGGAGAAGCCCUAAAGAUCAAACAACAAGAUGGGUCUCAAUUCCCAGAAACACUACGUCAAGUCAGCGGCUCUGGAUCUCUAAGUCCACAGAAGACAUUGAUGGCUGCUCCGAUCUUCCAUGUUAGCCCAAGACCCGAAUUAAAAACGAAGGCGGCAUCGUCGAACAUGCUUGAUCGCUACAGAGAUGAGGAGGACGAUGACUUCUUUGGAGAUGGCGAAGCAACUAUAAAAGUUGCAAAGAUACGGAACCCCCAGUCUAUGGCACCUUCUGUCACAUCAACGAAACCAGAGAAAUGUAAGGAAACCGAAGAAGAUUUCGAACAAGAUCUACAACUUCCUUCAGAUGGAGCUUUGAAGCUCACAUCUCGUAAAGAUAUCCCGAAGACCCCCCAGAGUAUCCAGGACGAUUUUGACGAUUGGGGUGAAGGCAGUUUAGGUACUCGAUUUGGUGGAACAAAAAGAGACGGUCGAUCCAAUAGGAACUCAGAUUCCUUUGCGAUGAGCCCCAGUAUCGCCAGUUCCAUGACUGCUGAGAGUGAAGAUGAAGGUCUUGAAGGUUUAGUCUUACCGAGUGGCCCUCUCAAUUUCGAGGAUAUUCUCAAGAGGCGUCAAUUAAAUGAUUGGCCAGAACGUCCAGUAGAGGUAAAGCAACCAAGAAAAAGUUUGGGUGGAAAGGAUGACUUUUUGACCGGGCUUGAGAUUGGCGAUGGGGAUGUCUUCGAUUCGAAGAAGCUCACAUUAAAUCGUAACGUAAAGGUUAACCCUGCUAAACAACAAAGCCCAACUCGACCCAAGCCAUCGGUUUCAUUAACUUUUACAAAUAAACCUGCGCUUCCUUCCACCUCCCGACUCCCUAGGCCACAUGGACAUGAACGUAUUCCAUCAUCUCUCGAACCAGUUUCGGAGAGUGGUGGGCCAAUACCAAGUCGAAACCGUAGGUCGCAAUCUAGGUUGGGAAAUUCAGUCCAUUCUUCAAUCAAUAGUAUUGGAUUGUCUAACGCAUCAUCUUCUAAUCAUCCAAUACCUCCAUCAACUCCUCGGCGUCGUGAACUAGGCGCAAAGUUAUCCACAUCAACUCUGCGCAAUGAGCCUACAACGACCAGUUCCCAACUACUAAAGCUCAAGCGGUCAAUGCCAACCAUGAAGACUUAUCAGCCUUCGCCAGCUAAGCCAAUGCCUACACGAUAUGAGAGACCUCAGUCUCGAACGGAAGUCUAUAAUAGGCCACUCUCAAUGUCUCGGUCCAAGGAACCUGUCGAAAAAGAUCGAUCCGGAGCUGAGUCUAGCAUGUCCUUUGUUAGGAAAAAUCAUGUUCCAUUCUUACCUGCUGGUGGUGCUUCCAGUUCUCAAUCACAUCAUGUCACUGCAAAAACGUCCCGGCAUCUUCGCCGUAACGAUUCUGAGUCCUCAACCAAUAGCGCCGAUUUUCGUCCACCAUCGAGAACGCUUUCAAGGCAAACGUUUCGAUCGCCCAGUCCGCGCAGAUCUCUUCGGGGCGCCGAUAUGCUUGCUCGUGAAGCUACUAUGAAGCGACAAAUCACAAAACCUGUUCGACGAAGACAUUUUGGUGAUGGCUGUGAACUUGAUGCUUUUGAUGAUCUACCUACUUCACGAGAUGCAGAGCAAAGGUUCGUCAAAGAGCCAAUCGGCCGUGGCCCGCCUAAACAGCUUUCACUUCGCAACAGAGCUCAUCAACACAUUAUGCCCAUCCGAAACCCAUCGCCUAUACCUCUAACACCAUUGACACCAGCGAAAAGCAGGAGUGAAUUGCCGCGCUUUGCGCGCGAUACUGCCGCCAGCCGCAUGGCUCGGGAAGCAACAUCAUCUCAUCGCACUGUCUCUGGGUCUGGUGCUCCUCUUGCUGCUCUUACAAAUCAAUGGAGGGCGAAGGUUUCAGCAACAACUGGACUCAGUCCGGUUCAUGUACAAGGUUCAGUUCGAUCAAAAAAGAAUAAGGUGCCCCAAAAGCCACAACUUAUUAAGCCCAUGGGAAAUGUAAACAAUCCCAGAUCUGUAAAAGGAAUGCAAUAUGAUCCUAUUAACUACCGAUGGGAAGGCAACGAAAUUGAAGUAUCGGCCUUUGAUAUGCCAGCUUCUGCAACCCCGACAGCGUCAAUACCUGUACAGACACCAAGAACGACAGCACCACAAAUAUAUCGGGAAAAGGAAUGCUCGACACCUCGUCCUGCGCUUAUCACCAAUAUAAACUCUGCCCAGAAUGUCCAAGUUGUUGGCGGAAUGGUCUUUGACCCGCAACGUAUGUGUUGGCUUAAAAUGCCAGGGGACAACAAAAGAGCAAAAAGUGAAUCUGGUGAUACCAUGGAUGGAUUUGAUGCGCUCGAAGAUGAGGAAGAUGUCUUUAAGGAUGUUCCUGAUCUUGAGGAGGGGCCCUCUAAAGAGUCUGAUGAAGUUUCUGGUAUGAAAGGUGAAGGUGCCAGUGGUCUCAGCGAUUGGCUUGUUGGUGAAGAAUUUGAUGUCGGUCCAGAAUUUGUUAGGCGACAGAGAGAGGAGGAAGAGCGCUGGAGGAGAAAGUGUGAGAAAUGGGUCGGCGCCGCGCGCAACACUGAAGGAAACUCCUGGAGAUGGAGUAUUCGAGACGUAGUAAAUGAAUUAUGAUCAGAUACCAGGAAGGGAUUAGGCAUGAAGGCAUGCUUUUUAUAUUCUUUGGGAUAGUCUAUUAUCGGAUGAUAAAAGAUAGGAAUUUUGAUGAGGUGGAUAGGUCGGAUCUUGGUUUGUACUAUGAGAUGAUGGUUGGGGAUUGUCUUUUAUUACGCUAUUUGCAUAAUGCUUCCGUUGUUAUUUUUUCUUGGAAUUUUUGGACGACACAACAUCAGGCGUAUAUUUGGGGAAAAGAAUAUCGUUGGUUUUGGCAGGAAGGCUUUGUUUUUUUAUUUACGUGGAUGGAUCGGAAUGCCAUCCCCAAUACCCACACGAUGAGACAUGAAAAGGAUUCAUGAUGAAAGAAACGAACAAAAGCUUAAUAGAGCUACGAAGGUUAUGACUGUUAUGAUCGGGUUUAUACUUGACUACUGUAUUUUCUUGUAUUCUACUCCUAUCAUUUACGGUUUAUUUUAUUUUAGGGGUUUUUCUUCCUAGGGUUUUCCUUCAACUUCAGUAAUGGGAUUCGUUGAAAUGAAGAAUAAUUAUAUGGCAUGGAUAUCGUCAUGGAUAUUAUUAUUGGGUUGAAGAAUUUUUGGGGGUGGGGACAUUUAUAUAUCAUGAAUUGAAUUACAAAGGAGUUUUUUUAUUUUAUGUUAAGUAUUUGUUUUUGAAUGUUCUUUUAGAUGCUGUGUGGUUUUCUUGUGUAAUGAUGGAUGUGGAGAUGAUUGGUAUAGAGGUGUGGGAAUUGGGAUUUUUGUUGUGAUAUGUGAUGGAUGUAUCGAGUGAUCGCCAAUGCGUGCAAAAGGAAACACAAGUUGGUACGUGGGUAGGUAGUGCUACUCGCUAAUUAUCGUUUCAUUGAUAUUGAGAUUGAUAUCGGAAUUCUUUUUUGAUUGGUGGGCUGCAUUGAGUGAUCGCUGUGCUACGUUGGUUGGUAUAUGGGUUUAUGGGUGUAGGGGUGUAUGGGUAUACAGGUACUUAGAUGGUAGCUCGCUAAGAAGUGGUGUUGGUGGGGUUCGAUUGGAUAGGAUACGUCCCUAAUUUUUAGGGGGGGAGAAGAUGGCUGGGAGAAUGGGUGAGUUGAUUUUGUGGUGUAUGGUAUUUUGUGGGAGGUAGUGUUUGGUGGGGUUUGAUGGUUUGAUGGUGUACAU